AUGAAGUUCACCGCUCUCGCAUUUGCGGCGUCGCUGGUCGCUGCCGCACCCCGCGUCGUCCAGGUCCAGCCGUCCGAUAUCAAGCCGAGGCGCAUCGGUGGCACCAGGUUCAAGCUGCCGCAGGUCCACAACGAGGUCUUCCACCAGCACGGCAAGGGCCCGCGGGCGCUGGCCCGGGUGUACCAAAAAUAUGGCCUGGAGGUGCCGACUGAGCUGCUGGAUGUGGUGCAGAAGAUCUUGGGCGAGCUCGGCCUCGGUCAGCCGCACGCUUCGGUUCCCAACUUUACCUUCAAGAGGCCGCAUGGUGCUGGGAAGACAGGGCCGUACACCAACGAGACGGACGAUCAGGGCGAGGUCUCGGCCACCCCUCAGCUGUUCGACGUUGAGUACCUGGCGCCGGUCCAGAUCGGCACCCCGCCGCAGACGCUGAACCUCAACUUCGACACCGGUUCGUCCGACCUGUGGGUGUUCAGCUCGGAGACUCCGCAGCAGUCGCGCGGCGGCCAGAAGAUCUUUGAGAUCGAGAAGAGCAGCUCGGCGCAGCGCCUGGCCAAUAACACCUGGGCCAUCAGCUACGGCGACGGCAGCCGGUCGUCAGGCAACGUCUACCUCGAUGUUGUCAGCGUGGGCGGCGUCAACGUGUUCAACCAGGCCGUGGAGUCGGCCACUUCGGUCUCGUCGUCGUUCAUCAGCGAUGCCGCGUCCUCGGGCCUGCUGGGCCUGGCUUUUGACAAGCUCAACACCGUCAAGCCGAGCAAGCAGAAGACUUUCAUCACCAACGCUCUCGAGUCGCUGGAGCUGGGCGUGUUCACCGCCAACCUGAAGAAGUCUGAGCCCGGCAACUACAACUUCGGCUUCAUCGACGAAACCGAGUUCACCGGCCCGCUCAACUACGUGGACGUCGACUCCUCCGACGGUUUCUGGGCCUUCCAAGCCACCGGCUACUCCGUCGAGGGCGCCUCCGGCAACGGCACCGGUUCCCCCGUGGUCCCCAUCGCGCACAACGCCAUCGCCGACACCGGCACCACUCUCCUCCUGCUCCCCGCCGGCAUCAACCAGGCCUACUACCGCCAAGUCAAGGGCGCCAAGGAGGACCCGCAGGCCGGCGGCUGGACGGUGCCCUGCAAGGCUGACCUGCCUGACCUGACGCUGCAUAUCGGUUCUUACAAGGCUGUGAUCCCUGGCGAGCUGAUCUUGUUUGCGCCGAUUGAUACAGAUGAUAUUAAGACGGCUAAGACGUGCUUUGGUGGCAUGCAGAGCUCGGCUGGUAUGCCGUUUGCUAUUUAUGGUGAUGUCUUCUUCAAGGCGCAGUUUACUGUGUUUGAUGUGGAGAAUGGCAAGCUGGCGUUUGCGCCGAAGCCGUUGUAA